UGAUUCACGGCUCAUUGCAGAGGUGGGACAUUUCUACUUUCAAUUUCGUUUAUACUCAGGAAAACAUGGCGUCGUUCUGAUGUUUGAAUUAGUAAACCAAACCCGUCAAAAGCAGUGUAUUUAGAGUCAUUAUUUAGUUGUUCUUCAGCAGGAAGGCGUUUUAAAAUCGGAAACGUCGACGUAACGUUCAGGUUUACGUCUGGUGUCACUUUUUACGACCCCGACAGACAAACACGGUCGUUGUCGUUUGUUACAGAGUUUAUCGACUGUAUCAGCAUGUUGGAAGAAACGGGACCUGAGUGGUUAUCUGAGGAGGUGAAAACAGGAACUACUAUCAUUGCCAUCGAAUAUGAUGGAGGGGUCGUGCUGGGGUCUGAUUCCCGAGUGUCUGCAGGGGAGUCAGUGGUGAACAGAGUGAUGAACAAACUGUCUCCUCUCCAUGAUAAGAUCUACUGUGCUCUGUCAGGCUCUGCAGCGGACGCUCAGACCAUAGCCGAGAUGGUCAACUACCAGCUCGAUGUUCACGGUAUUGAGAUAGGUGAGGACCCACAGGUUCGCUCGGCUGCUACUCUGGUGAGAAACAUCUCGUACAAGUACAAGGAGGAGCUGUCGGCACAUCUCAUCGUGGCCGGCUGGGACAGAAGAGCUGGAGGACAGGUUUUUGCAACCCUGAAUGGUCUCCUGACACGACAACCGUUUGCAAUUGGUGGCUCUGGCAGCUCGUAUGUUUAUGGGUUUGUGGAUGCAGAGUAUCGCAAGGGAAUGAGCAGAGAGGAGUGCCAGAAGUUUGUUAUCAACACUCUUUCUUUGGCAAUGAACCGGGAUGGCUCCAGUGGAGGCGUGGCUUAUAUUGUCACCAUUGAUGAACAGAAGGCAGAGGAGAAAGUCAUUCUAGGCAAUGACUUACCCACCUUCUUUGAUCAGUGAUGAAUAAAGCUGUUGGAGGCUAUUCCUCCAGUUGGCAAUUAUGUGUUUUACUUAUUCUCAACAUUACAUACAAACGUUUUGAGACACCUGAUCAUUUUCAGUCUCAUUAUUAAGAGACUUUAAAAUAUAAAACAUGGAAAGCUUUUAGUCAAAUAGGCUCAGGUCUGCUUUCUCCUGUCUAUAGAUCACCCAGGGACACUAACAUCUAUGAAAUGUGCUGCAGGAUACAUUUUUACAAAAGCAACAAAAAGUGAAAGUCAAAUGUGUUGCACAACCACAGCAUUGUGACAUUUUCUGCAACUGACUGUAGUCCUUUUUUUUAAUCCCAUUUGUUAGAUUAGAUUUAGAUGACAGGAGGAUUGUUGGUCAUCUUCUUCUUCGUUGAACAUAAUUAAAGAAACUUUAAAUGUUUGUGCACUUCUAAUACGCUCACCAAGAGACCCACACAUGCUUUUGUGUCAGAUGUGUGAAAUUAAAAAGGAAAUAAAUUCAUUUUGGAACAAAUA